GGCUGCCUGCAAUGGCUGCUGAUAGGUGCUUGAUCCUCUGUGUUCCUUUCUGCACACACCUCUAGGAGGUUUCCACUUCAGAUUCUGUAUGGCAACAGCAUGUAGGGGGGCAGGAGAAGGUUUACAUCUUUAGGGGGGUUUUUAGAUGGGGAAACAACAAGCAAGUAGCAAGGUUGCUUCACAUGCUUUAAUGUGAUUGUAAAGCAAGGCGGUGGGUGCAGGGUAAGAGAAUUAGCCUCAGCAGCAGAUUGCCACUGCAGGAUUUGCUCUCUUUAUCCAUCUACCAGCCAGAUCCUUGUCAACAAACAAAUCCAAUUCAGGAGCACCAAAAAUCGUGACAAUAAAUGAGGAGACAUCAUGUUGACCAGCAUAGCAGAACGUAUAAUGUACUGCCUCACAGGCAAAACACCAAAUUCUGUAGGUCCAGCAGAUAUAUCAGAGACAGGCGAUGGUUACGAUUUUCUGGAGGUGAAGCCAGGUCGUGUUUUACGAGUACGACACGUCUUGCCUUCUCGCCCUGGAGGUGGAGAUAUAGAGGAAGUAGAAGAAGCGAAGAACUCAGGAAAAGGCCUAAUUCACUGCAAGAGGAGGAUAACUGUCUAUCGUAAUGGUCAGCUAGUGAUAGAAAACCUUGGUGCCACCCUUCGUUCUGAAAUCUUACAUUGCCGUAAUGGGAACACAGAGCAAGCUGGAACAUUGGAGGUGGAGCUUUCUGAUUACACUAGUACAGGCAAUGAUGGUGGAGGAGGAAAAGAGAGUGAUGUACCUUCUGGCAGACGCAGAAAACGCAAGCCAAAGAAAGUUGUGCUGGUUGAUUGCCAAAGACGAGUCAGCAGCUGUAAGGGCACACAUUCUGAUGUAGUCCUGUUCUUCAUUCAUGGUGUUGGUGGAUCUCUUGAUAUAUGGAAAGAACAACUUGAUUUCUUCUCUAAACUUGGCUAUGAGGUAGUAGCCCCAGAUUUGGUGGGACAUGGAUCUAGUGCAGCUCCACAAAUUGGGGCAGCUUACACAUUUUAUGCUCUAGCAGAGGAUAUGAGAUGCGUUUUCAAGCGUUACGGCAAGAAAAAGAACAUUUUAGUUGGACAUUCAUAUGGGGUCUCCUUCUGUACCUUUCUGGCCCAUGAGUAUCCUGACUUAGUCCACAAGGUGGUUAUGAUUAAUGGUGGUGGACCCACAGCCCUUGAACCCAGCCUCUGCUCCAUCUUUAAUAUGCCUACCUGUGUGUUGCACUGUUUGUCUCCUUGCCUGGCAUGGAGCUUCCUCAAGGCUGGAUUUGCUCGACAAGGUGCCAAAGAGAAACAGCUCUUACGAGAGGGCAAUGCCUUCAACGUGUCCUCCUUCGUGCUACGAGCCAUGAUGAGUGGCCAGUACUGGCCAGAAGGCGAUGAGGUGUAUCACGCAGAGUUAACAGUUCCUGUGCUGCUUGUGCAUGGAAUGCAUGACAAAUUUGUUCCCCUAGAAGAAGACCAACGGAUGGCAGAGAUCCUACUAAUCACAUUUCUAAAGGUGAUAGAAGAAGGCAGUCACAUGGUCAUGCUGGAGUGCCCAGAAACUGUUAACACUCUACUUCAUGAGUUCUUCUUAUGGGAACCAGAGCUGCAAAACUCAAGUGUAGAGGAAGUUGUGACACAGGACGUUGUGAAGGAAUGAAGAGGAAAAAGAAGUACCUGACCAUGCUGAGAGACAGAAGAGAGACUUUUCUGCUUUUAGGCCAAACAGUGACGCAAGUCUACGUUUGAAGAAGAUGCCCUCUGGUCUGAAAACUACUGGCCAAGGUUUAAAGAUUUUGGAUCCCAGAGAAUGGCGUCCAGGGAGAAUUUUGUUUCAACAAUCCAGAAACUUAAUAUAACGCAGCUUUCAGAGAAGGGCUUCCACCAUUUGGCCGCCAAAUCAGCCAUAACAAGUUGCAGAAAACAGUAAGAGGUUGACUGAGGUCCCUCGCUGGUAACAGAUCAAGUUGACCGUUCAUGUAGAAUUAUGGUAUGUUACCUUGUAAUGAACCUUUUUGACUAUAAGUCCAAAUAAGAGGAAGGUAUUUUAACGGAAGAGGGCGGGUCCUUUGUUGGUAACACAUCAAGUUGACAGUUCAUGUAGAAUUAUGGUAUGUUACCUUGCCAUGAACCUUGUUGACCAUAAGGCCAAAUAAGAAGGAAGGUAUUUCAACAGAAGAGGGCAUUUACAAGAAGAAAACAAAUAGGAAUGCUGAAUUACUAUUAUCAAAUUUAAGACAUUGCCAAUCCACCUGAAUAUCGGACUGUGGAUGCAGAGAAAUUAAAUUUCCCCUUUAUUGCUAAAACGAAACCACUGGCAGAAAAAGGGUUGGAAAUAUUGAUGUAUAAUCCAUGCUGAAGCCAGACCUGUUGGCUAAUGAAUGGCGAAUAUAGAGAGUGAGGAAUCACAUAGAGAAUAUUUAAGAAAUAUAAAUAUUGUUGAUAAUGUAUUUUAUGUGUUUCGCAUCUAAGAUUGCUGUUCAUCUCCUUCUGUUGUUAACAUGGAAGUUGUUUGAUGGCACUAUUGAAUCCAAGUAAACAUGUAAUUUAUUAAUA